GACAUGGUUUGAAUGGUGUGGAGAGGUUGAUCAGUUGGAAAAGGUUAAAUUGAUUACUUUCAUGAAUAUAAUUUAUGGUUUCGUAUUUUAUUGUUAUGAGAUUUUAGUAAUUCUUAUUGAUGAGUAUCUGGCAGGUUUACGUGCCUGUGCUUGCUAAAAGACAUUGGUUUCUAGCCGUAAUCAAUAUGUUUGAGAAGAAAGUUAAUGUGUUCGAUAACUUCAGCAUUCCUUCGUAUUUAUUAUGUGGUGGCAUAAUUAUGUCGAUGCUAUGCUCCAUGGACAAUGCAUUCAGUGAACAAUUCAAAAAAGUUUACGGAUCCGAUUUUUCUUUUACACAAUUUAGUAUAAGUGAACCUAUUUCCCAUCGAUACAAAUGCGUUGAUUAUGAUUGCAGUGUGUAUGUCACAAGAAUGCUUCUACAAGAAUAUGUGAAGGGAGUGUUAGGUGAUGAAGCAGAUGAUGUGGUUGAUGACUAUGUUCCUGGAGUACCGCGGGAGUUUGAUUGGAAGGCACACAAUUAUGAAAUGCAAAGAUUGCAUUAG